GCAGCUGAAAGGCAAGUGAGGUCUUGGCAUCUCCCCUUUGAAGCCCAGGAGGUAAUUGGUUCUACAAAUCUCAUAAUUCUGCUAGAGGAUGAAAUCUUUGCCGAUUUUUUCAACACAUUUCUCUCUCUCCCGGUCUUUGGUCAGACACCAUUUUACACUGUUGAAAAUUCACAGUGGAGCUUGUGGCCAGAACUACCCCAUGACCUGAUUGCAAAGUACAAAGGAUUAUUGACCUGGUUGGAAAAAUACCGGUUACCUUUCUUCUGUAAAACCAACCUGUGUUUCCAUUACAUUCUCUGUCAGGAGUUCAUCAGUUUCAUUAAUUCCCCGGAAGGAGCCAAGAUGCUGAGCUGGAAAAAGGCAGACCAGUGGCUACUCCAGAGAUGCAUUGGCGGGGUCAGAGGGAUGUGGCGCUUCUGUACCUACCUCAAGGGCAGUGCAGGUGAAGAGCUGGUGGAUUUCUGGAUUCUUGUUGAGAAGAUCCUGAGCAUGGAUGAGAUGAACAUGGAAGGGAGAGACUACUACCUGUCCCUCCUCUUCGUGCUGAAGGCCACCCACCUGCAGGAAAGCUCAAGGGUGGUAACUCUCUGCAACAUGAACAUCAAGCCCCUCCUGAACCUUUCCAUCUGGCAUCCCAACCAGUCAACCACCAGGAGGGAGAUCUUGAGCCACAUGCAAAAAGUGGCUCUGUUCAAACUCCAGAGCUAUUGGCUCCCCAACUUUUACACCCACGCCAAGACAGUCAUGGCCAAGGAGGAAUCGUGCCAGCUUCUGAUGCAAGAAUAUGAGACUCGCCUGUACAGCAUUUGCUAUACUCACGCGGGAGGGCUCCCUCUGAAUAUGAGCAUUAAGAAGAGCAACCACCCGCAGACACGAUACUCAAGUAGGAAGACCAAGAGGAAGAUGUGGCAGUUGAUAGACCAUGGCUCUUGGUCUCUGGAAAUGGAUACCAAGUCAGAUACCAACACUUUGCUCCCCCAGGAGCUGUGUCCUCAGGAGAAGGUGGUUGUGCAAAUGCCUUCCCGGAAAGAGGCCUCUUCAAGGGAGAGGACGAUCCAGUCUCUGGAAAAAGAUACUCUCUGUGCCAGGAAGUGCAACGUGAGGAAGAAAGCCUGGAGCCACCUCCGCAUGGAGGGCCUCUUUGAGACAGCAUUCUCUACCCACCUGAGGACUCUCACCCCCAUCAUCAAUCACUCUUCCCACAUGACGGUCAAGAAGGCCAUGAAGCAAAACUUCUCCCUGGGGUACACCCACUGGGCCUUGUGUGCGGAUGCCUGUGCAGGGAGUCCCUUCCGAGACCACCUCAAGAAGCUAAAUUUGAAAGUGGAGAUCUGCCUGCUGGACCUCUGGCAGGACCUGCACCAUUUCCUCAGUGUCCUAAUGAGUAACAGGAAAACGGGGAAAGCCAUCUUUCGGCACAUGCUGGGCAACCGGAUCUGUGAGCUCUACCUGAAUGAGCAGCUUGGUGUACGGCUACCACUAAAAGCCCAGACGAUUGAAGGCUUAAAAGAGCUGCUGCCUUCUGGGGAGAUGAACCCCUGGAUUCCCAGAGCCCAGAAGGAGAUCUGCAAGAUGCUUAGCCCCUGGUAUGCUGAAUUCCUGGAUGAAGAGGACUACUGGUUUCUAAUUUUUACAACACAGUCCAGGCUCGUCAGCACCAGGUGGCAUAAAAGAGAACCUACGAGCAGAGAAGAGAACAUUCUCCUCUAUAAGAGAUUUGAGGAAUCCCUGCAGCUAAGCCAGGGUUUGGCUAACAUGGAAGAAAUGGAAUCUAUGCAGUGGCAAAAGAUAGCUACUGAGGACCUGAAGCAAGGCGGGUCUCUCAGGAUAGAAAAGAAGUCUCCGGUGUUUCUGGCAGAUAUGGAGAAAAUGUCCUUCGAGGAACUCUGCUCUAAGUAUCCAAAGGUGGCCAUAGAGAAGAUCAGUGAUGACUACAAAAUAUAUUGUGAAAAAUCGCCUCAAAUAGAUUUUACAGUGAAAAUUGUCAAAGAACCAAAGAUGAUUUCACCCUCACGUAGGAGAAUGUCAUCCUUUAAAAGGCCUAAUGUAAGGAAGCCUUCACUAAGACCCCGCAACUUGACAGAAGUCCUCCUAAAUGCACAGCACUUGGAGUUCUUUAGGGAGUUCCUCAGAGAACGGAAGGCUGAAAGCCCAUUGCAAUUCCUGGUGGCCAUACAGAAGAUCAGUACUGAGACAAAUGAAAAGACUUACAGGUCUCUCUUUGAAAACAUAAUCAGGACUUUCUUCCACGGCAAAACCUCUCCUGAGGAAAUGCUGCAGUGUGAUGCCCCUAUUAUCAAAGAGGUCUCUAACAUGCAUCAUAUCAGCACAACAACACUGUUAAUGCUCCAGACCUAUGUCAUGAAAUCUCUGGAAGAGAAGUGGUUUAAAGAUUACCAAGACCUGUUUCCACCUCGUCCUCCGGAGGCAGAAACUGAAAUACCACUGACCUCACCAGGGAAGCCUUCAAAGAUAGUAACAACUCACCGGCAAGAAUCCCAGAAGAGAGGCUGUCUGAAGAUGAUCAGUUUCAUCCAGAGCUUCUGUAGGUACCGCAGGUUUAUGUCUAAUCCCCAUAAGCGCCAGGAAUUUGAAGACUAUCUUCGCCUGGAAAUGCACAACACCAAGGAAAAUUUUGCCGCAUCACCAAACAUAUCAGGACGCCCAUUCUCAAAUCCCACCGGGAGCCGGAGCACAGAUCACGAGAAUGGAGACGGAACCCUCAUGAAGCGCCGGCUAUUUGGCCACAGGAUUAUUACUGUCAACUUUGCAAUCAAUGAUUUGUAUUUCUUUUCUGAAAUGGAGAAAUUUAAUGAUUUGGUGAGUUCAGCUCAUGUGCUGCAAGUCAACCGGGCAUACAACGAGAAUGACGUGAUGCUAAUGAGGUCCAAAAUUAGCAUUAUCCUAAAGCUCUACCUGCAUUCGGAGGUCCCUCCUAGGCUGAGGGUGAACAUCUCUGAAUCCCAGAAGGAUGCCAUCUUUGCUGCCAUUACAGAGGGCCACCUAGAUCGGAGCAUUUUCCACGGGGCUAUCAUGGCUAUCUUCCCUGUCAUUAUGUACUUCUGGAAAAGGUUUUGUUCCUGGAAGGCUAUUCGCUCUUACUUCCUGUACAGGGGGAAGAAGUUCAAGGACCAAAAACUUUCUCCAAAGUCUGUGUACAAGCACCCUCCUUGGAGCGGAGAGCAGUUAAACUCAUCCCCUUUCCUGAAACCUGUGCCACGAUCUGUACUUGAGCAACAGGGAAAUUUAAAGAGAGGGAGGAGGAGGGGGCACAGGGCAGUGCCUGACGAGGGCAAGGCUGAAUGUCUCUGCAGUGAAAAUUUCGGGGAACCAAAGACAACAGGAGACCACGCUAUCUUAAGAUUCACUUUGCUCAGGGGUAUUGAGUGGUUGCGGCCUCAACAGCGGGAAGCAGGGGGAAGUCCGAUCCAAUACUCUUCAUCUAGCAUCCUCACCCACUCCAGACAUGCAGUCUCCACCAUGCAGCUGUAUCCUGUCCCAGGACCCAAGUUACCCGGCACCAAGAAGAAGAAGUAAUCGAGUCAGGCCCCCACCAGAGGCACAUGAUCUCUUAGAAGCCUCCUCCCACUGACAGAACCCUUUCUGGUCGGAAACAAGAUGCCCUCAUGCCAUCUGCCUUGGGAAGAUCAGUGGGGCAGCAGCCUAGACAUGGCAGGACCGGACUGCAGUGGGUAAGAUGCAGGCGGAGAGCAUGAGCAGAAGCACCUGUGCCCUCCCUGACCCUGGAGGUCCUGUCAGAGUUGGUCUUUCCACAGUGGGUGUGUAACAUAACAACUACCCUUGAGGUCAGGGGCCCUGGGUUCCAGUCUCACUCUGCAGCUGUUAUGACUUUGAGCAAAUCCUUGACUCAAGGCUACUGAAGAAUCCCAGGACAACUGUAUGCAGAUGGCAUUAAACAUUCUAGGAAACAGGUGCUGUUUUUAUCAGAUGGGAUCUUUUAUUGCCAGGGUCUUCCAAUGGACUCACACCCAUUGUCUCAGUGUGAGUAACCAUGUCUAAAAUCAUUGAUUUUUAUUUUAUUUUUUCUUUUAUGGAUUAUAACAUUUAUUUAUUUUUACUUUAUAAUGAUUUUUACUUUUUUCCAUUUAACUGGUUUACAGUGUUCUGUCCAUUUUCUACUG